UUUUAUUUUGAUUAAUCAAAACCCUCGUAUUCUCCGAUUCCUAUUUGGAGGGUUGAUUUUUCUCCUUUUCUGUUAUCUUCCCCGAAACGUCUUCACUCUUUUUUGUUUUUUUCAAUCCUGGUUUCAAGUACUUCUGUCCAUUGAGUAUAGAUUAUCUAAUCAAAUGUUCAAAAGGACGUUUUAAGGAGACCGCUGUCCUUUUGUUUGAAUAAUGAUUAAUUUUUUUGUGGAUUUGAAAAGUGAAAUGUUUGCAUCUGUGCUAAUCUCUGAUUUUAAUAUGUAAUUAAUUCAUUUUUUUUUCUUUCGGCUUAUAAUCUGACGUGGCUGUUUCAAUAGUAGUAGUUAGUCAUCGAUGAUUGUAAUUUUAGGUCAACUUGUUAUUGUGUAACUCACAGUCUAAUUGAUGGAUUUGGGCUUCAGUUACUUUUAUUGAUUGCUGCGUUAGCUAUCGUUUAUAUAGUUUUUUUUUUUUAGAUUUCGAUAUUAAUGACAGUAUUAAGAUGAGAGUGUUGAGGCUUAGCUUUCUAGAUUAUUUUGAUUAUGAAAUUCUUACUGGGUUUUAUGAUAACCCACCCAUGAUAUGGAUCUAGUUUGAUAUUUUCAUGAUCAAUUAGUGCACUUCCUUUUGUUUUUUUCUGCUUUUCUUGAAUUUAUUGAGGACUAAUUAAGGAGAUGGGUAGUUUUGUCGUGUUGUGCUGUCUGCAGGUGCUAACUACCCGUAGCAAUAACUUUUCUUGGUGCUAAAAGACUAUGAGAAACUGACUGAUUUUAGUCAUUGAAAAUAAUAAAUUUGCUAACUUGGUUUCAGUAAUUAUUGGGGUUGGAUUUGAAGGCAACUCAGGAUAUUUUGUUGGGAAUUAAUCCAUGAAUUAUUUUUGUUAAGGUAUUGAAAAGGGUUGUGAACGUGCAAACUUUGAAGUGAUGCCGGUGUCAGGAAAUGAAGAGGCUGGGGUUAAACCCCUUGCAUGGCAGUCCAGUCUUAACAUUGCAGGUGUUCCUAUCAAGAAAAGGAGGUUCAUUCGGCCUCCUUCGCCUCCACAAGAAGAACAAUCUGUGCCACUGGUGGAAAAAGAUUCUGUGCAGAAAGAACCUGGCAGAACAUUUGUGGAGUCAACUCUGUCCAAUGCUAGUGUUACAGCAAGUUCUGAUUUAUGCAAUCCAUGUGAGGAUUCUGUACCUGAAGAAAAUAAGAACAGGUUGGACGGCAUUGUGCUGAUGAACAUUGCUAACUGCUCGGUAGUUAAAGUUCAAGAACUGAACCAAACAGUCCAGUCUGAUUCUUUGGCUGAAUUUGGAAAAGAAGAGAAGCGUCUGGUGGCAGAAAAGUCUGGCAAAGCGCAGCUGAUUUCAGCAAAAAAUGAGUUGAAUAUAGAAGACAGUAAAGGUAAAGAGAUACACAGCCAACAAAUAUCAGAAGGAAAGUGUAAAUCAGAGACACCUAUAGUUUCAGAAACUUCUCAGUUUUCUUUAGGUUUAAAGGAACAUGAUGUUUUGUCAUUCGAAUGUUAUAGCAAUGUUGGUAGUCAAAAUCAUGAAAAUGUAGGAGCUGUUUCAUCGAAUUUGUCUUUAAGCAAGGGUGAGACCGGUAUUCAGCACAAAAUGUACAAUAUUCUGGCUACUGGCAGCACUGAUCUACGGACUAACAGAUCAAACUGGGACUUGAAUACUACUGCGGAUACAUGGGAUGGUUCUACCAAUGAUGAACAUGCAGCUCAAGUAACUGCUGAUGCGUGGAACAGAGUUGGUGUUAUACAUGAUAUUACUACAGGAGUAAUUGGAACUGGUAUUGCUAAAGAAAGGCAACUCCUUGAUGGGAGUGAGUGCAGAUCUAGUUUUCCCCAAACAUUCUCAGAGUGUGCCAAGGAGUGUACUUCUGAGGAUUCUCUUCAUCUACGUCUCAGUGCAUCAUUUCCUUCAAUUAACUUAAGCAAGGAAUCUUCCAGCUCUUCUGCUAACAAAGAAAGCCGGGUUAUUCCUAAUACUAGCUUGCCUGGUGUCUUGUUGUCAGCAGGCAAUGCAACCAUGGAUAGCUCUAGGACCAUAAAAUCAGAACCUUUUGAUGGGAGCCUCAAACAUGAUCUUAGAGGAGCUAAAGUCAAUCAAUGUGAUUUUUUUGUGAAGCGUGAGUUGGUUGAGAAGGGUAGUCCAGAAACCUCAAAGUCCUCAGCUUUUGUCUCUCUGAAAUUAGCUGGUCAGGGUUUCAUAAAACCCGAACCAUUUCCUGAUGGUAAACCAGAAAUUCCCAGGAUGAUAGAGGGGGUGUCAAUCCAACCUGAUAAACAAGUGCUACAAGGCCAGGAUACUGGAGGGCAAGCUCCUUGCUCGACUAGUAAACAAGUGCUGCAAGGCCAGGAUACUGGAGGGCAAGCUCCUUGCUCGACUAGUAAACAAGUGCUGCAAGGUCAGGAUACUGGAGAAGCUUCCUGUUCAACAAAUGACUGGGCGAGGGAAGGUCAAGAUAUCUUAGCAAAACCUACUUGUUCAACAGGUUUGUCUAUAAGUGGCAAUGCGUCAGAAUGUUUAGAGCAUACCACAUGUGCUGAAGGUGUGCUUCUUAGGAAGGAGAUUGUAAAGGAAGCAUGUGAAAGUGCUGGGCAGGUUUCUUCAGCAAUGGUUUGUAUACCUGUGGGUCACAGUGGCAAUGAAUUAAAUGCUUCUGUUAUGAUAGAUACUGCAAUUACCGAGGGCAGAAAUGUGGAUAUUCCUGAGCAGUGCGAACUGAAUUUUACAGAGGAAGUCCCUGCACGUUCACAUGGAAAUGGUGAGGGUUCAGUAACUGAUGAGGAAAAGAUCAACUUGUCUGGUGAUAUGCUAGAAGAAGAUACGUAUGGCUCUGGCUAUGAGUCUGACGGUCAUUCUAUGGCUAUGGAUAUUGAAGAAGAGCAUCGAGAACAUGAGUAUGAAGAUGGUGAGGUUCGAGAUCUGCACCUGCAGGCUGUGACAGGGUGUCAGAAAUUUCAGGGAAAAGAUGUUGGUCAUGGUAAUUGUGGUAAUUCUGAGCAUGAAAAGGUAAACUCUGAACUUGCUGGUGAUGAUCAUCAUAUUUCAUCCCAUGUUGAGGAAAAUGACUGUAAAAUAAAAGUUUCUGAAAACAAUGAAGAUACUGUGAAAGAAUGUAUCACUACAACCACUGAAGAUGCUGGUAAUGCUAUUAUGAAAAAAUCAUCAACAGUUGAGAUUCCAUCUUGUGGGGAAGAUCAAGAGAGGGCCACCACAAUCAUUCAAAGAAAAUCACCCGACACAUCUGGACAGAAAGAUGAUCUGAUGGGCCAGGGGGCAGAUUUGUCACCUGGACAAGACAUUACUGGAGGUCAAGAAACUUUAGUUUCUAUUGAGCAAGGUUCAGACAAGAACAUUAAAAUAAUUGAUGUGGAAAAGAAUGAGUUGCCUGAGGUAGAAGCAUCUUUAAAUGGUCGUGAUAUGGCUAAGGACGUCAGCAGUGGCCGGAGUAGGAUUAUUAACUUGUCUCGAGCUUCUAAUUCAUCAUCUCCUGGCAAGACAAGAUCUAUAUCAGGCAGGACUUUGCCAUUACAUCGAGAAAGAUUACCUGAUGUGCUGCUUGAGGGUGGUAAAUUGCAUCCCCGAGGGAGGGAUGAAAAUUAUAUUGAUGGCCCUCGCAGAUUCUCAAGAGAGAGGCAUCAAGAGCAUUUUCCCAGAAACUCUAGAAUGAAUUUUGUCCGUGGUAGAGGGAGGAUGUCCAGUCGGAUUGACACUCUACGUGGUGACAGGGAUUCUGAACGUAACUAUGCUUCAGAAUUUUAUGGUUCAUCAGAUUUUGCUGUUCGCAGACAUAAAUAUGCUUCUGCUGUUGGCGAGGCAGAUUCUUCUGUUAAUUAUAAUAUUGGACCGGAUGGUGCAUUUGUAGGUACUGCUCGGGGAGGGAGAAAAUUAUUGGAUGAUGAGACACCAGUUUUCCGCCAUGUACCCUCAAGGAGGCGGUCUCCUAGAGGGAGAUAUGGACCCGCUGCUCGGGGCACUCAAAUGCUGCAUAGAGUUCCUCGAAAUGUUGGGGAAGAUGGUUCUGAAGUUACUGGAGUAAGGCAUGCUGAGAACAUGAGGGGAUUCCCUGAUGAUGGUACAGAUCAGGCAUUUACACGUCCCCGACCUUCAUAUGAAGGGUUAGAUGGUCAUUUUGUCCAAGGGACUAGGAACUAUUCAUCUGUUCAGAGAAGGACUCCUCCCCAAAUCCGUUCAAAAUCUCCAAUUAGAUCUCGUUCUCCUUGUCCAUGGUCAUCUGCCAGAAGAAGAUCUCCAGAUGGGUUUGGUGCAACCUCAGAAUUUUCUAGUCGGAGAUCACCAAUUUACAGGAUAGGGAGGGUCAGAUCACCUGACCAUCCUGGUUUUCCCAGGGAAAUGGUUGUCAGGAGGAAUGGUUCCCCACCAUUCUUAUCUCGACCUAAUGAUACAAGGGAAAUGGAUCUUGGUCGUGAUCACGGCCAUCCAAGGUCUAUCAUCUCUAAUAGGGACCAAACAGGAAGGGUUUUGCUCAGAAACGGUAGGAGAUUUGGUAUUACAGAUCUUCGAGAAAGGAGGGAUGGAGAUGAGUUCUUUGGAGGCCCCAUGCACUCUGGCCGAUUUCAAGAGCUUGGUGGUGAUGGAAAUGUCGAAGAUAGAAGAAGGUUUAGUGAGAGGCGGGGACCUGUCAGGACAUUUAAGCCUUUUAACGGUGCUGACGGUGAAAAUUUUCGUCUUAAUCCAGUGGAUGGCCCUAGACCUCUUAGGUUCUUUCCAGAAGAUGAUCCAGAGUUCCAUGAGAGAGCUAAUUUGAGGGAAAGAGAGUUUGAUGGACGGAUUAAGAACUGUCCUGGAAAUGCACCCAGAAGACCCAGAAGCAUUGAAGAGCGGGCAGGAAAUUACAGGCAUGGUGGUCAUGUGUUGUGUGAUGAUGGGUUUGAUGAUAUUUCACGAAUGAAGAGGAAAAGGUUUUAAUGGUCAAUAGACCAGGGCCCAGGGCUUGUUAUUUUAGAUUAUAUAGGAGACUAGAGGCAGAAUUGCUUGUGGUUACUUACACAGCUGGAUUGAUAAAUGUCAGAUGCCACCUUCAUUUAACACUGAUACUAUUAGCCAUCAGAUGACUGUUCUGUCAUGUACAUAGCUUGUCUCUUUCAGAACUCUAUCCACUGGUUUCUUGUUCUCAAAUUCUGGAUGUUAGGCCACUUUUCGUUUUUCACCUUAGCAAGUUUUAUAGUGUCAUAAUUUUGGCUGCACUUUAUGUUUGGGCGGGAUCAUUGCAGUUAAAAUCAGUGUUCGCAUAUUCUCCAGUGGAUGCCCAAGUUUCUCAAAAGUAUUUUCAGCUUGGCAUGCUGAUUAUGCUUGGUGGGUUGGAGUAGGUAUGCAGCAAGGCGUUGUUGGAACUUGGUCUGAUUCUGAAGCCAUCAAAGAAGCUUUAAUAAAAUCAGUAACUUUCUGUUC